AUGACCUGUGGUUUAGUACGAAUAAGGUUGGCUAGAUUUGGAAGGAAGAAUAGUCCUGUCUAUAAUAUUGUGGUGGCUAAUUCCCGGAAGGCAAGAGAUGCUAAACCGAUUGAAGUACUAGGAACCUACAUACCAGUACCCAGUCCUGUUACCAAAAGAGAACUGAAAAGGGGCGUUAUACCCAUUAAAGAGGUUAAACUUGACUUUGAUAGGACAAAGUAUUGGAUUGGUGUUGGCGCACAACCUAGCGAAACAGUAACCAAACUAUUACAGAAAGCUGGGAUAUUAGAUGGCGCAUGGAUUACUGGCAAGAACAGUGGUAUGAAUAGGAAAGUUGUUUUUGAAAGGAUGGAAACAUUGGAGUAG